AGGAGGCGGCGGCCAUGGCUCUGCCCGGAGCCCCCGGCCCGGCCCCGGCAGCGGCCCCCGCGCCGCCGCCUCCACCCACGGUGCUGAUGGCGGUGCGGGUGGGGGUACCGCAGCCGCCCCGCGUCCCCCCGCCGCCCGCCGCCGCCCUCCGCCUGCAGCUCAGCGUGGAGCCCGCGCCCGGCGGGCAGCGCCGCUUCCGGCUCGGCCUGAGGCAGGAGGAGGCGGCAGGAGGCGCGAGCAUCGCCGAGUACGACCUGAAGGACAUUUCGUACACGGUGCGCAGCCCCACGUGCCACGAGCUGCUGGUCCUCGGCUCCCUGGAUGAACCCAUGGUGUUCAGCUUCGAGGAGGAGCGCGAGGCGCAGAAGUGGUGGACGAUCGUCAGCAGUUCCCUGCGGGAGGCACAGAAAGCCUCCUCGGGCAGCGCUGUGCCCACAUCCCACACUUCAUCCCCAGCAACAGCGGCCGGAGCCAGCGCUGCAGAUCAGGAUGCAGAGGAUGCUUUGGCUGCAGAGCUUUCCAACAAAGAGGACCUGGCCCUGCAGCUGGCCCUGGCCAUCCAGCACGGCGACGAGGAGGCGGCCGCGCGAUGCGCCGCGGCCCUGGCCCAGCAGCAAGCCGCGCUGAACAUCUUGCUGAAGGAGUCCAAUUAUCCCGAGGAUGAAAUCUGCAUGAACGUCGGUGUGGAGGACGCGACGUCGUCGGCCAGCAUCACGCUCCUGGUGCAGCCCCACACCACCAUCGCAGCGCUGAAGCAGCAGGUGUUCCAGGACUACGGCUUCCACCCGCUGGUGCAGAGGUGGAUCAUCGGGCAGUGCCUGUGCGUGGAUGAGCGCACGGUGUGGUCCUACGGCGUCCGGCGCGACGGCGACGCUGCCUUCCUUUACCUGCUGUCGGCCAAAGGCGCCGAGCUGACGAGGCAGCGCUACGAUGAGGAGCAGGCGGAGCUCCUGCUCGCCUCCAUCGCUUCUGUAGGGGACGGAGCCCAGGAGAGGCGGAAAUACGGCACGGUGCCCGGCACCGCGGGAAGGAAAGGUGCGAUGGCGGCCAGCGUCGUUGGGUGGAACGGGUCCUGAGUGGGUGGUAAUGGAGAGGAGGUGUGGGGUGGUGCAGGUGAAAGGGUCCUGAAAGGACGUAGAAGUGAGUGGUUGGGGUGGAAGGGGCUGGGGAGCUGGCGGAAGCAUGGGACUACUGGGAUGGAAGGGUCCUGGAAGGUCACAGAACCAGGGAAUGGUUGGGAUGGAAGGGUCCUGGAAGGUCAGAGAACCAUGGAACUGUUGGGAUGGAAGGGUCCUGAAAGGUCACAGAACGAUGGAACUGUUGGGAUGGAAGGGUCCUGAAAGGUCACAGAACCAUGGGAUGGUUGGGAUGGAAGGGUCCUGAAAGGUCACAGAACCAUGGAACUGUUGGGAUGGAAGGGUCCUGAAAGGUCACAGAACCAUGAAGAGGUUGAGAUGGAAGGGUCCUGAAAGAUUACAGAAACAAGGAGUGUUUGGGGUGGAAGGGUCCUGAAAGGUCACAGAACCAUGGGACUAUUGGGAUUGAAAGGUCCUGAAAGAUUACAGAAUGAUGGAACUGUUGGGAUGGAAAGGUCCUGAAAGGUCAGUGAACCAUGGGAUGGUUGGGGUGGAAGGGUCCUGAAAGGUCACUGAACCAUGAAAUGGUUGGGAUGGAAGGAUCCUGAAAUGUCAGAGAACCAUGGAAGUGUUGGGAUGGAAGGGUCCUGAAAGGUCAGAGAAAUAUGGAACUGUUGGGAUGGAAGGGUCCUGAAAGGUCACAGAACGAUGGAAUGGUUGGGGUGGAAGGGUCCUGAAAGGUCACAGAACCAUGGAAUGGUUGGGAUGGAAGGGUCCUGAAAGGUCAGAGAACCAUGGAAUGGUUGGGAUGGAAGGGUCCUGAAAGGUCAGAGAACCAUGGGAUGGUUGGGAUGGAAGGGUCCUGGAAGGUCAAAGAACGAUGGAAUGGUUGGGAUGGAAGGGUCCUGAAUGCUCACAGAACCAUGGAACUGUUGGGAUGGAAGGGUUCUGAAAGGCCACAGAACCAUGGAAUGGUUGGGAUGGAAGGGUCCUGAAAGGUCAUAGAACGAUGGAAUGGUUGGGAUGGAAGGGUCCUGAAAGGUCACAGAACCAUGGAAAGUUUGCGUUGGAAAAGUCCUGAAAGGUCACAGAUCCAUGGAACUGUUGGGAUGGAAGGGUCCUGAAAGGUCACAGAACCACAGGUUGGUUGGAAUGGAAGGGUCCUGAAAGGUCACAGAACCAUGGAACGGUUGGGAUGGAAGGGUCCUGAAAGGUCAGAGAACCAUGGAAUGGUUGGGAUGGAAGGGUCCUGAAAGGUCCCAGAACCAUGGGAUGACUGUGGUAUAAGGGUCCUGGAAGGUCACAGAACGAUGGGACUGUUGGGAUGGAAGGGUCCUGAAAGGUCACAGAACCGUUGAACUGUUGGGAUGGAAAGGUCCUGAAAGGUCACAGAACCAUGGGACUACUGGGAUGGAAGGGUCCUGAAAGGUCAGAGAACCAAGGAACUGUUGGGAUGGAAAGGUCCUUAAAGGCGAAAGAAGAAGUGAGUGGUUGGGCUGGAAGGGGCUGGGGAGGUGGCAGAACCAUGGGAUGGUGGGGUUGGAAGGGAAUGGAAGCAUGGAAUGGUUGGAAGGGUCCUGGAAGGUCUCAGAACCAUGGAAUGGUUGGGAUGGAAGGGUCCUGAAAGGUCACAGAACCAUGGAAAGUUUGCGUUGGAAAAGUCCUGAAAGGUCACAGAUCCAUGGAACUGUUGGGAUGGAAGGGUCCUGAAAGGUCACAGAACCACAGGUUGGUUGGAAUGGAAGGGUCCUGAAAGGUCAGAGAACCAUGGAACGGUUGGGAUGGAAGGGUCCUGAAAGGUCACAGAACCGUGGAAUGGUUGGGAUGGACGGGUCCUGAAAGGUCACAGAACGAUGGAAUUGUUGGGAUGGAAGGGUCCUGAAAGGUCAGAGAACCAGGGAAUGGUUGGGAUGGAAGGGUCCUGAAAGGUCACAGAACCAUGGAAUGGAUGGGAUGGAAGGGUCCUGAAAGGUCAGAGAACCAUGGAAUGGUUGGGAUGGAAGGGUCCUGAAAGGUCACAGAACCAUGGAAUGGAUUGGAUGGAAGGGUCCUGAAAGGUCAGAGAUCCAUGGAACUGUUGGGAUGGAAGGGUCCUGAAAGGUCAGAGAACCAUGGAAAGUUUGGGAUGGAAGGGUCCUGAAAGGUCACAGAACGAUGGAAUGGCUGGGAUGGAAAGGUCCUGAAAGGUCAGAGAACCAUGGAAUGGUUGGGGUGGAAGGGUCCUGAAAGGUCACAGAACCAUGGAAUGGUUGGGAUGGAAGGGUCCUGAAAGGUCACAGAACCAUGGAAUGGUUGGGGUGGAAGGGUCCUGAAAGGUCACAGAACCAUGGAAUGGUUGGGCUGGAAGGGUCCUCAAAGGUCAGAGAACCAUGGAAUGGAUUGGAUGGAAGGGUCCUGAAAGGUCAGAGAUCCAUGGAACUGUUGGGAUGGAAGGGUCCUGAAAGGUCAGAGAACCAUGGAAUGGUUGGGAUGGAAGGGUCCUGAAAGGUCACAGAACCAUGGAAUGGUUGGGAUGGAAGGGUCCUGAAAGGUCAGGGAACCAUGGGAUGGUUUGGUUGGAAGGGUCCUGAAAGGUCAGAGAACCAUGGGAUGGUUGGGUUGAAAGGGUCCUGAAAGGUCAGAGAACCAUGGGAUGGUUGGGUUGGAAGGGUCCUGAAAGGUCAGAGAACCAUGGGAUGGUUGGGUUGGAAGGGUCCUGAAAGGUCAGGGAACCAUGGAAUGGUUGGGAUGGAAGGGUCCUGAAAGGUCAGAGAACCAUGGAAUGGUUGGGGUGGAAGGGUCCUGAAAGGUCAUAGAAGCAUGGAGAGGUUGGGAUGCAAAGGUCCUGAAAGGUCACAGAACCAAGGAAUGUUUGGGGUAGAAGGGUCCUGAAAGAUCAGAGAAUGAUGGAAUGGCUGGGAUGGAAGGGUCCUGAAAGGUCAGAGAACCAUGGGAUGGUUGGGAUGGAAGGGUCCUGAAAGGUCAGAGAACCAUGGAAUGGUUGGGAUGGAAGGGUCCUGAAAGGUCAGAGAACCAUGGAAUGGUUGGGGGGGAAGGGUCCUGAAAGGUCAGAGAACCAUGGAACUGCUGGGGUUGAAGGGUCCUGAAAGGUCACAGAACCAUGGAACUGCUGGGGUGGAAGGGUCGUGAAAGGUCACAGAACCAUGGAAUGGUUGUGAUGGAAGGGUCCUGAAAGGUCACAGAACCAUGGGAUGGUUGGGAUGGAAGGGUCCUGAAAGGCCACAGAACCAUGGAAUGGUUGGGAUGGAAGGGUCCUGAAAGGUCACAGAACCAUGGAAUGGUUGGGGUGGAAGGGUCCUGAAAGGUCAGAGAACCAUGGAAUGGUUGGGAUGGAAGGGUCCUGAAAGGUCAUAGAACCAUGGAAUGGUUGGGAUGGAAGGGUCCUGAAAGGUCACAGAACCAUGGGUUGGUUGGAAUGGAAGGGUCCUGAAAGGUCAGAGAACCAUGGAAUGGUUGGGAUGGAAGGGUCCUGAAAGGUCAGAGAACCAUGGAAUGGUUGGGAUGGAAGGGUCCUGAAAGGUCACAGAACCAUGGAAGUGUUGGGAUGGAAGGGUCCUGAAAGGUCAGAGAACCAUUGGACUACUGGGAUCUAAGGGUCCUGAAAGGUCAGAGAACCAUGGGACGGUUGGGAUGGAAGGGUCCUGAAAGGUCAGAGAACCAUGGGAUGGUUGGGAUGGAAGGGUCCUGAAAGAUCAGAGAACCAUGGAACUGUUGGGAUGGAAGGGUUCUGAAAGGCCACAGAACCAUGGAAUGGUUGGGAUGGAAGGGUCCUGAAAGGUCAUAGAACCAUGGGAUGGUUGGGAUGGAAGGGUCCUGAAAGGCCACAGAACCAUGGGAUGGUUGGGAUGGAAGGGUCCUGAAAGGUCACAGAACGAUGGAAUGGUUGGGGUGGAAGGGUCCUGAAAGGUCACAGAACGAUGGAAUGGUUGGGGUGGAAGGGUUCUGAAAGGCCACAGAACCAUGGAAUGGUUGGGAUGGAAGGGUCCUGAAAGGUCAUAGAACCAUGGGAUGGUUGGGAUGGAAGGGUCCUGAAAGGCCACAGAACCAUGGGAUGGUUGGGAUGGAAGGGUCCUGAAAGGUCACAGAACCAUGGAAGUGUUGGGAUGGAAGGGUCCUGAAAGGUCAGAGAACCAUGGAAUGGUUGAGGUGGAAGGGUCCUGAAAGGUCACAGAACCAUGGAAUGGUUGGGAUGGAAGGGUCCUGAAAGGUCAGAGAACCAUGGAAUGGUUGGGAUGGAAGAGUCCUGAACGGUCAGAGAACCAUGGGACUACUGGGAUGGAAAGGUCCUUAAAGGCGAUAGAACAAGUGACUGGUUGGGUUGGAAGGGGCUGGGGAGGUGACAGAACCAUGGGAUGGUGUGGGUGGAAGGGAAUGGAAGCAUGGAAUGGUUGGAAGGGUCCUGAAAGGUCAGAGAACCAUGGAAUGGUUGGGAUGGAAGGGUCCUGAAAGGUCAUAGAACCAUGGGAUGGUUGGGAUGGAAGGGUCCUGAAAGGCCACAGAACCAUGGGACGGUUGGGAUGGAAGGGUCCUGAAAGGUCCCAGAACCAUGGAAUGGUUGGGAUGGAAGGGUCCUGAAAGGUCACAGAACGAUGGAAUGGUUGGGAUGGAAGAGUCCUGGAAGGUCACAGAACCAUGGAAUGGUUGGGAUGGAAGGGUCCUGAAAGGUCAGAGAACCAUGGAAUGGUUGGGGGGGAAGGGUCCUGAAAGGUCACAGAACCAUGGAACUGCUGGGGUGGAAGGGUCCUGAAAGGUCACAGAACCAUGGGAUGAUUGGUUGGAAGGGUCCUGAAAGGUCACAGAACGAUGGAAUGGUUGAGAUGGAAGGGUCCUGAAAGGUCAGAGAACCAUGGAAUGGUUGGGAUGGAAGGGUCCUGAAAGGUCAGAGAUCCAUGGAACUGUUGGGAUCGAAGGGUCCUGAAAGGUCACAGAACCAUGGAACUGUUGGGAUGGAAGGGUCCUGAAAGGUCACAGAACCAUGGAAUGGUAGGGAUGGAAGGGUCCUGAAAGAUCAGAGAACCAUGGAACUAUUGGUAUGGGAUGGAAGGGUCCUGAAAGGUCACAGAACCAUGGAACUGUUGGGAUGGAAGGGUCCUGAAAGUUCACAGAACCAUGGAACUGUUGUGAUGGAAGGGUCCUGAAAGGUCACAGAACGAUGGAAUAGCUGGGAUGGAAGGGUCCUGGAAGGUCACAGAACCAUGGAAUGGUUGGGAUGGAAGGGUCCUGAAAGGUCAGAGAACCAUGGAACUGUUGGGAUGGAAGGGUCCUGAAAGAUUACAGAAACAAGGAGUGUUUGGGGUAGAAGGGUCCUGAAAGGUCAGAGAACCAUGGAAUGGUUGGGAUGGACGGGUCCUGAAAGGUCAGAGAACCAUGGAAUGGCUGGAAUGGAAGGGUCCUGAAAGGUCACUGAACCAUGGGACUGUUGGGAUGGAAGGGUCCUGAAAGGUCACAGAACGAUGGAAUGGUUGGGGUGGAAGGGUCCUGAAAGGUCAGAGAACCAUGGAACUGUUGGGAUGGAAGGGUCCUGAAAGGUCAGAGAACCAUGAAGAGGUUGAGAUGGAAGGGUCCUGAAAGAUUUCAGAAACAAGGAGUGUUUGGGGUGGAAGGGUCCUGAAAGGUCACAGAACCAUGGGUCUAUUGGGAUUGAAAGGUCCUGAAAGGUUACAGAAUGAUGGAACUGUUGGGAUGGAAAGGUCCUGAAAGGUCAGUGAACCAUGGGAUGGUUGGGGUGGAAGGGUCCUGAAAGGUCACAGAGCCAUGGAAUGGAUGGGAUGGAAGGGUCCUGAAAGGUCACAGAAUCAUGGGAUGGUUGGGGUGGAAGGGUCCUGAAAGGUCACAGAACCAUGGAAUGGUUGGGGUGGAAGGGUCCUGAAAGGUCACAGAACCAUGGAACUGUUGGUAUGGAGGGUCCUGAAAGGUCACAGAAUCAUGGGAUGGUUGGGGUGGAAGGGUCCUGAAAGGUCACAGAACCAUGGAAUGGUUGGGAUGGAAGGGUCCUGUAAGGUCACAGAACCAUGGAACUGUUGGGGUAGAAGGGUCCUGAAAGGUCACAGAAGCAUGGAAUGGUUGGGUUGGAAGGGUCUUGAAAGACCAUUGAAAAUUGAGUGGUUGAAAUGGAAGGGUCCUGAAAGCUCACAGAUCCAUGGAACUGUUGGGAUGGAAGGGUCCUGAAAGGUCACAGAACCAUGGAAUGGUUGGGAUGGAAGGGUCCUGAAAGGUCACAGAGCCAUGGGAUGCUUGGUUGGAAGGGUCCUGCAAGGUCACAGAAGCACAGGCGCUCCAGCAGGGCUGCGUUGUGCCAUCGCACGCCGUUCUCCUCUUGCCGACCCCCUGCGCCGUGGGCGGACGGCGCUGCUCUGAUCUCAGCCCACCUCAUCCGCGCUCCAUCGCGGCGCCGUGACGCCGUCGUUUGUCCCGCAGCCAACAGGCCGGCGGACGUCGGUGCCAUCAGCCACCACCUGGACACCAUGCAGAUCGGUGACAUCUUCAGCCACCAGACGGCGCCCGCCGCCACCUCUCUGCCCUCCCCGGUGCCGGCCGGUUGGUCGUGUCCCAAAUGCACCUUCAUCAACAAACCCACGAGGCCGGGCUGUGAGAUGUGCAGCACCGACCGACCGAGCGACUACGUGAUCCCAGGAGGCUACGAACCGGAUGAGAUGGAGCUGUGGAGGAUGCAGCAGGAGCAGGAGGGGAUGCUGCAGUACCAGCAGGUAACAGCUGGAGCCAGGGAGGAAUCAGCGUAGGGGGGUCGGGGGGGAGCAGGUCCUGAAGUGUGCUGGAAAGGGGCUGGGAAUGGUGGAGAUGUGUGGUGGGUUGGGUUGGAAAGGUCCUUGAAGGUCAUGGAGCCAUGGGAUGGUUGGGUUGGAAAGGUCCUUGAAGAUCAUGGAGCCGUGGCAUGGUUGGGUUGGAAAGGUCCUUGAAGGUCAUGGAGCCAUGAGAUGGUUGGGUUGGAAAGGUCCUUGAAGAUCAUAGAGCUGUGGGAUGGACUUUAUAGAUCAAGGAGCCAUGGAAUGGUUGGGUUGGAAGAGUCUUCUAAGGUCAUGGAGCCAUGGGAUGGUUGGGUUGGAAGGGUCCUCAAAGGUCACGGAGCCAUGGGAUGGUUGUGUUGGAAAGGUCCUCGAAGGUCAUGAAGCCAUGAGAUGGUUGGGUUGGAAAGGUCCUCGAAGGUCAUGGAGCCAUGGGAUGGUUGGGUUGGAAAGGUCCUUGAAGGUCUUGGAGCCAUGGGAUGGUUGGGUUGGAAAGGUCCUUGAAGGUGGUAGAGCCAUGAGGUGGUUUGGUUGGAAAGGUCCUUGAAGGUCUUGGAGCUGUGGGAUGGUUUGUUUGGAAAGGUCCUCGAAGGUCAUGGAGACCUGGAGUGGUUGGGUUGGAAAGGUCCUGGAAGGUCUUGGAGGCAUUGGAUGGUUGGGUUGGAAAGGUCCUUGAAGGUCAUGGAGCCAUGGGAUGGUUGUGUUGGAAAGGUCCUCGAAGGUGGUAGAGCCAGGGGAUGGUUGGGUUGGAAGGGUCCUUGAAGUUCUUGGAGCCAUGGGAUGGUUGGGUUGGAAGGGUCCUUGAACAUCAUAGAGCUGUGGGAUGGACCUUAUAGAUCAAGGAGCCAUUGAAUGGUUGUGUUGGAAGGGUCCUGAAAGAUCACAGAGCCAUGAGAUGGACCUUAUAGGUCAUUGAAUAAUGGGAUGGUUGGGUUGGAAAGGUCCUGAAAGAUCAUAGAGCCGUGGGAUGGACCUUAUUGGUCAUAGAGUAAUGGGGUGGUUGGGUUGGAAGGGUCCUUGAAGGUCAUAGAGCUGUGGGAUGGACCUUAUAGAUUACGGAACUGUGGAAUGGUUGCGUUGGAAGGGUCCUGAAAGAUCACAGAGCCGUGGGAUGGACCUUAUAGAUCAUAGAAUUAUGGGGUGGUUGGGUUGGAAGGGUCCUUGAAGGUCAUAGGGCCAUGGGAUGGACCUUAUAGAUCAUAGAAUAAUGGGGUGGUUGGUUUGGAAGGGUCCUUGAAGGUCAUAGAGCCGUGGGAUGGACCUUAUAGAUCAUAGGCUGAUGGGAUGGUUGGCUUGGAAGUGUUCUUAUAGGUCAUGGAGACAUGGGAAGGUCCUUGUAGAUCACGGAGCCAUGGAAUGGUUGUGUUGGAAGGGUCCUGAAAGAUCACAGAGCCGUGGGAUGGACCUUAUAGAUCAUAGGCUGAUGGGAUGGUUGGGUUGGAAAGGUCCUUGAAGGUCAUAGGGCCAUGGGAUGGACGUUAUAGGUCAUAGAAUGAUGGGAUGGUUGGGAUGGAAGGGUCCUGAAAGAUCAUAGAGCCAUGGGAUGGACCUUAUAGAUGAUAGGCUGAUGGGAUGGUUGGGUUGGAAGGGUCCUUGAAGAUCAUGGAGCCGUGGGAUGGUUGGGUUGGAAGGGUCCUUGAAGGUCAUAGGGCCAUGGGAUGGACCUUAUAGAUCAUAGGCUGAUGGGAUGGUUGGCUUGGAAGUGUUCUUAUAGGUCAUGGAGGCAUGGGAAGGUCCUUGUAGAUCACGGAGCCAUGGAAUGGUUGUGUUGGAAGGGUCCUGAAAGAUCACAGAGCCGUGGGAUGGACCUUAUAGAUCAUAGAAUGAUGGGAUGGUUGGGUUGGAAAGGUCCUUGAAGGUCAUAGGGCCAUGGGAUGGACGUUAUAGGUCAUAGAAUGAUGGGAUGGUUGGGAUGGAAGGGUCCUUGAAGACCACAGAGCUGUGUGAUGGACCUUAUAGAUCACGGAGCCAUGGAAUGGUUGCACUGGAAGGGUCCUGAAAGAUCACAGAGCCAUGAGAUGUACCUUAUAGGUCAUUGAAUAAUGGGAUGGUUGGGUUGGAAAGGUCCUUAAAGGUCAUAGGGUCAUGGGAUGGACCUUAUAGAUCAUAGAAUGAUGGGAUGAUUGGGUUGGAAGGGUCCUUGAAGGUCACCCGGCCAUGGGAUGGACCUUAUAGGUCAUUGAAUAAUGGGAUGGUUGGGUUGGAAAGGUCCUGAAAGAUCAUAGAGCCAUGGGAUGGACCUUAUAGAUGAUAGGCUGAUGGGAUGGUUGGGUUGGAAAGGUCCUUGAAGGUCAUGGAGCCAUGAGAUGGUUGGGUUGGAAAGGUCCUUGAAGGUGGUAGAGGAAUUGCAUGGUUUCGUUGGAAAGGUCCUUGAAGGUGGUGGAGCCAUGGGAUGUUUGGGUUGGAAAGGUCCUUGAAGAUCACAGAGCCAUGGGAUGGUUGCAUUGGAAUGGUCCUUGAAGGUCAUAGGGCCGUGGCAUGGACCUUAUAGAUCAUAGGCUGAUGGGAUGGUUGGCUUGGAAGGGUCCUUGAAGGUCACCCGGCCAUGGGAUGGACCUUAUAGGUCAUAGCAUAAUGGGAUGGUUGGGUUGGAAGUGUUCUUAUAGGUCAUGGAGACUUGGGAAGGUCCUUGUAGAUCACGGAGCCAUGGAAUGGUUGUGUUGGAAGGGUCCUGAAAGACCACAGAGCCGUGGGAUGGACCUUAUAGGUCAUAGAAUAUUGGGAUGGUUGGGUUGGAAGGGUCCUUGAAGACCACAGAGCCAUGGGAUGGACCUUAUAGAUCGUAGGCUGAUGGGAUGGUUGGGUUGGAAGGGUCCUGAAAGAUCACAGAGCCGUGGGGUGGACAUUAUAGGUCAUAAAAUAAUGGGAUGGUUGGGUUGGAAAGGUCCUGAAAGAUCAUAGAGCCGUGGGAUGGACCUUAUAGAUCAUAGAAUGAUGGGAUGAUUGGGUUGGAAGGGUCCUUGAAGGUCACCCGGCCAUGGGAUGGACCUUAUAGGUCAUUGAAUAAUGGGAUGGUUGGGUUGGAAAGGUCCUGAAAGAUCACAGAGCCAUGGGAUGGACCUUAUAGAUCAUAGAAUUUUGGGAUGGUUGGAUUGGAAGAGUCCUGAAAGAUCAUAGAGCCAUGGGAUGGACCUUAUAGGUCAUUGAAUAAUGGGAUGGUUGGGUUGGAAAGGUCCUGAAAGAUCAUAGAGCCAUGGGAUGGACCUUAUAGAUGAUAGGCUGAUGGGAUGGUUGGGUUGGAAGGGUCCUUGAAGGCCACAGAGACGUUGGGUGGACCUUAUAGAUCAUAGGCUGAUGGGAUGAUUGGGUUGGAAGGGUCCUUGAAGGUCAUGGAGCCAUGGGAUGGUUGGGUUGGUAAGGUCCUCAAAGUUCAUGGAGCCAUGGGAUGGUUGGGUUGGAAAGGUCCUUGAAGGUCAUGGAGAAAUGGGAUGGUUGGGUUGGAAAGGUCCUUGAAGAUCAUGGAGCCAUGGGAUGGUUGGGUUGGAAAGGUCCUCGAAGGUCAUGGAGCCAUGGGAUGGUUGGGAUGGAAAGGUCCUCAAAGGUCAUGGAGCCAUGGGAUGGUUGGGAUGGAAAGGUCCUUGAAGAUCAUGGAGCCAUGGGAUGAUUGGGUUGGAAAGGUCCUUGAAGGUCAUAGAGCCGUGGGAUGGACCUUAUAGGUCACAGAAUAUUGGGAUGGUUGGGUUGGAAGGGUCCUGAAAGAUCACAGAGCUGUGGCAUGGACCUUAUAGAUCAUAGGCUGAUGGGAUGGUUGCGUUGGAAGGGUCCUUGAAGGUCAUGGAGCCAUGGGAUGGUUGGGUUGGAAAGGUCCUUGAAGGUGGUAGAGGAAUUGCAUGGUUUGGUUGGAAAGGUCCUUGAAGGUGGUGGAGCCAUGGGAUGGUUGGGUUGAAAGGGUCCUGAAAGAUCACAGAGCCAUGGGAUGGUUGCGUUGGAAGGGUCCUUAAAGAUCAUAGAGAAUGACUGUGUUGGUCCUGGUCCUUGAAGAUCGUAGAGCCGAGGCAGGGUUGGAUUGGAAAGGUCCUUGCAGAUGACAGGAUCACAGAAUGGUCCUUCAAGAUCACAGAACCCCAGAAUGGUUGUGUGGGAAGGGAUCUCCCCACCGCAGCCCUACUGUGGGGCACCCACAGCUCUGGGCACAGCGCCGGGGCCGCACCGCCUCUGGGUGAAGGAUUGCCCCACAUCCGAACCCGGCCUCCCCCCUGUUGGGUUCCCACCGUUCCCCCGGCUCCGUUCCGCUCAGUCGCUCUCCUUCCCAUCCCCAGCUCCAUUCCGAAUUGCCCCGCAUCCUUCCCUCCCCACUCCAACCCCCAGCUCUCAUCCUGGCCCCAUAGCACAAAGAAGCCUUCACCCAACCCGGUGCAUCAGAGGGGCUCCAGCAGCCCCCACCGCUCCCCACUCCGACCCCCAGCUCUCAUCCUGGCCCCAUAGCACCAAGAAGCCUUCACCCAACCCGGUGCAUCAGAGGGGCUCCAGCAGCCCCCACCCUUCCCUCCCCACUCCGACCCCCAUCUCUCAUCCUGGCCCCGUAGCACAAAGAAGCCUUCACCCAACCCGGUGCAUCAGAGGGGGCUCCAGCAGCCCCCACCGCUCCCCACUCCGACCCCCAUCUCUCAUCCUGGCCCCAUAGCACAAAGAAGCCGGCACCCAACCCGGUGCAUCAGAGGGGGCUCCGGCAGCCCCCACCCUUCCCUCCCCACUCCGACCCCCAUCUCUCAUCCUGGCCCCAUAGCACAAAGAGGCCAGCACCCAACCCGGUGCAUCAGAGGGGGCUCCGGCAGCCCCCACCGCUCCCCACUCCGACCCCCAGCUCUCAUCCUGGCCCCAUAGCACCAAGAAACCUUCACCCAACCCGGUG